UGAAGAGCAGUUCCCCCUUGAAAAAUAUUCAAUAUUUUCUAGCCAGAUCGCUUCCUAAAUCUUUUACAGAAAUCAGUUUAGGUUUGAAUGAUCCGAUUGAGAAUUUUAAUCAAAGCCGCGACUUGUUAUAUCGUGUUUAUGCGUGAUUGUUUACGUGGGGUGUUAUGUCGACAGAGGAGAGUUACCGGGCCAUCCAGCGCUAUUUAACGAAUGAAUACGAGCCGUACGCGCCGGGGAUCCCCGGUAACGAGAAGCGGAGGAUCCGCAAAGCGGCCGCCUGUUACAUCGUCCGGGAUGGAGUCCUUUAUUACCAGCGCCGGCAGAAAGGGCAGGACGCGUUUAACGAGCUGGAGGUGAUCAUGCAGACCGAACGCAGGAGGGGACUCAUCACUGAGGCGCACAUCACCUCCGAGGGACUACAUCUCAACGUUCAGCUCACCUGGGAGAACCUGUCCCAAAAAUACUGGUGGAGAGGGAUCCUGAAGCAGAUUAAGGAUUACAUUAGUGACUGCGGUUGCCACCCUAAAUCGGAUCGUGCACGAGGCAGCGCUGAAGACGGAACAGGACAGACGGCGUCGCGUCCGUUAGGUCGACGAAAAACCUCCGUCCACGUGAGUGAGGAUGAGGGUGAGGAUGAGGACGAGGAGGAAUUCAUCACUGAUGAGUUUCGUGAUCUUCCCGUCAAGCAGAAGGGAUCCAACAUCGACAAACAUGAGCUGGUCUUCGUGGACAGUAAGGGGAUAGUAAAGCAGUUCCUCCCUAAACACGGACAGACCAUGCUGGACAACCUAAACCGGCAGCGUCUCAAUAACCAGUUCUGUGACAUCACCUUGCUGAUCGAGGGCGAGGAGCAUCGGGCCCACAAGGCCGUUCUGGCUUCCUGUAGCGAGUACUUCAACGAGCUCUUCAUCGAGAAGGGCGCUGCGUCCAGUCACGAAGCCGUGGUGGACCUCUCGGGCUUUAGCAAGGCGAGUUUUCUGCCUCUGCUGGAGUUCGCCUACACGUCCCAGCUGACGUUCAACUUCUGCGUCAUGGCCGACGUGGUCAUGCUGGCGCGGCACCUCCUGAUGCCCGAAGUGCUCCAGAUUUGCGAGAGGGUGCACAAGAAAGUGGAGGAGCAGAAGCUGACGGUGUACCAGCGAGGGGACGUGCACACCGUGAUGGCCAGACAGGCGGCGGAUCCUUCCGAGUCCGGCACCUUCGUGGUGGCCAUGGAGAGCGACGGGCGGGCUGUGGUGACCCACGCCGAACAGCCCGACGGACACAUGGGGCACGCCAUCACCCUCAUCACAGAUGAAGCUGGAAGCGCCGAGUCCCUCGCUUUGCUCGCUGGGGCGACCGUGAACGGCGAGACGAUGACCGUGGUCACUCACGGCGGUCAGGCUGGCUCGGCCGAGUCUCUGGCCAUCGUCGGCCACGGUGGGCGACCCGAUCCGAGUGAGGGCAUGACCGUGGUCACACACUCUGGGCAAGCGGGCUCGAGCGAAUCCCUGGCUGUCGUUCGGGCCUGCUGGACGGUCGAGGAGCCCCAGGUGGAGGACGCCCCCGUAGCAACCAGCAUGGAACCGGACACGUUCAUCAUCAGCGUCGAUCCCGGAAAGGUAGCGUCCACUCAGAACAUCCACAUCACUGCAGAAGCUGUGCCUGCCCAGGAGGAGCCGGUAUCUCAAGCUGAAGAGCCUUCAAGCAAAGCUGCUCCACCACCGACCCCCACGCCUCAGAAAAGGAGGCCAGGGAGACCCCCAAAGGUAAAGCAAGUUCCCCCUCCUCAGACAGAACAGAAGGAAGAGAAGAUGGACGCAGCGGGAGCAGAAGAGGAAAAGAAAGAGGAGCAAGAGAGGCUCGAUCCUAAUAAACGCUUCCUGAGAAAGCGCUCGGUGCGGGAGGGAGGAUACGCCCGUCUGCACAUGGGGAUCGAAACCACCGAGGAUGAAACGGACACCGCAAAGACGCCCCAGAGACCGGGCAGACGAGGCCGUCCACCCCAGUCGCUGAAGAAAGCUUCGCCUGAUCCUUCCGAAGCGGAACCGGAGUCUGCUCCCGACGACAGGAAGACGUUCACCGAGGGGUCAGAGUCGGAUGGAACGGAGGUGACCCCGGUGGAAGAGAGCGUCGCCCCGGAAAGACCGAAAUCAGCAGUGGACGGAGAACACGCGUGCAACGAGUGCGGCAUGGUGUUCCAGAGACGCUACGCCCUCAUCAUGCACACCCUCAUACACGAGAAGUCUCGCAUCUUCAAGUGCAGCCUGUGUAAUAAAGAGUUCCACUACGCCGCCUCGCUGCACGCCCACCUGCUGCGCCACAAGCAUUCGAAGACCCAGAGGUCCUCGGAGGCGGCGGGGGACAGGGGCCGCACCAAGCGCGAGUUCGUCUGCGACAUCUGCGGCAAGACGCUGCCCAAGCUGUACUCGCUGCGGAUCCACAUGCUGCACCACACGGGCGUGAGGCCGCACCAGUGCAGGCUGUGCGGGAAGAGCUUCGCCACCAAGCACAACCUGAACAUGCACAAAGCGCAGCACGACGCGGCCCGGCGCUUCCAGUGCACCAUGUGUGAGAAGUCGUUCGGCAGCAAGAGGGCGCUGGACGAGCACACCAGCACCCAUACAGGUGAAUCUAAAUAUUUUUGCUCCAUAUGUGGACUGUCAUUCUUUCGAGCAUCCGGUCUGAGCAAGCACAUGAAAAAACACAAACCCAAACCCGAGACCCGUUCCUUCCAGUGUAGCCACUGUGAUAAGAGCUUCUACGAGGCGAAGGACCUGCAGCAGCACAUGAACAAGCACCUGGGUUUGAAGCCCUUUCAGUGCCAGGUGUGUGGAAAAUCCUACACCUGGAAGAAGGAUUGGUACUCGCACGUCAAAUCCCACACCGUCUCCGAGCCGUACCGGUGUAAUGUGUGUGGGAAGGAGUUCUUUGAGAAGGCUCUGUUCAGAAGACACGUGAAGAAGGCCACUCACGGUAAGAAGGGUCGAGUGAAGCAGAACCUGGAGAGAGAGUGUGAACACUGCGGCAGGAAGUUCACUCAGCUCCGCGAGUACCGCCGCCACGUUAAUAACCAUCAAGGCGUGAAACCAUUCGAGUGCUUGACCUGCGGCGUGGCGUGGGCCGACGCCCGCUCUCUGAAGCGCCACGUGCGCACGCACACGGGCGAGCGGCCCUACGUGUGCCCGGUGUGUCAGGAAGCCCACAUCGACGCCCGCACCCUGCGCAAGCACAUCAGCAAAUAUCACGGCGACCAGCUGCCCGGCAAGAUCAUGCUGGAGAAGGACACGCUGCAGUUCCACAACCAGGGGACGCAGGUGGAGCACGCCGUCAGCAUCCUGAGCCCCGAGCUGCCGCCCGAACUGAGGCCCCCGGAGCCGGCGUCCGUCACCGAGGAGAUCGAGACGGUGCUGAUCACCGAGGAGACGGUGGAGGCGGUGCAGGCCAUGAGCGACGGGGGCGUCGCCACGCUGUCCGACCAGAGCAUCAUGCAGGUGGUGAACUACGUCCUGGCACAGCAGGUCAAGACCGAGGACGUGGAGGCGUCCGAGAUCAUCCAGACCAUGGAGGUGGAGGUGGCCAACGUGGCCGAGGUGGAGUGACGGCCGCCUCGGACGGGAGGGUUCGUUUCUAGAUGUGUUUGAGCCCAAUAGAACCGGCACAAACGGAUUGUACGAAAGUUUAACAUUUAUUUUUGUUGUAAAAUAUAAUAACAUGUGGAACGUUUGAGGGUUCAAGUCUCUCCUGAGAUGGAGAGUGUGUGUUCUGAUGUGUGUGUGUGUGCGCUCUCAUAUUAUGUUUAUACUGUACAUAGUCAGGAUUGCAAUUAUUUACACUAUAAUGCAGCACACAAUCCAGUCAGCUCUUAAAUAAACUCUAGCGUUUUAUAUAAACAUUGAAAAUUCUAUGCAGAAUGAUGUCUUGGACAGACUGGUACAUGCUGUAUCUCCACAUCUCCUGAUUUUGAGCCAAGGUGUCGACCAAAUAAAGCUUUUU